AUGACCAACGUCACCACAGUGACGGCAUUCCUGCUCCUGGGGUUCUCAGAGGUCCAGGAGCUGCAGCUGGUCCAUGCCGUGCUGUUCCUCUUGGUCUACCUGGCGGCCCUGGUGGGGAAUCUCCUCAUCAUCACCAUCACCACCCUAGGCUGGUGCCUCCACACCCCCCUGUACUUCUUCCUCAGGCACCUGUCUGUCCUCGACCUCUGCCUCAUCUCCAUCACUGUCCCUAAAUCCAUCCACAACUCCCUGAUUAAUGGCAGAUCCAUCUGUUUCCUGGGCUGUGUCCUCCAGAUUUUUUUUGCUCUUUCAUCAGUAUUUACAGAACUGGUCAUCCUCACAGUGAUGUCCUACAACCCAUAUGUGGCCAUCUCCCACCCCCUGCACUAUGAGGUCGUCAUGAAUCGAGGGGCCUGUGUGAAGAUGACCACCGCCUCAUGGCUGAGCUGGGUGCUGUCUGCUGCAUUACACACAGCCAGCACCUUCUCCUUCUCUUUCUGUGGGUCCAACGUUGUAGGCCAGUUCUUCUGUGACAUCCCCCAGUUACUCACCAUCUCCCACUCUCCUGACCUCCUCAACGAGGUGGUGCCCAUCUGCGUCAAAGUGGCUUUCGACUUCUGCUGUUUCAUUGGAAUCGUUGUCUCCUACAUCCAUAUCAUGGCAACCGUGCUGAGGAUGCCGGGAGAGAUUCAGAUCUCCAAGGAAAUGAGCAAUCACACGACAGUGACGGAAUUCCUCCUUCUGGGGUUCUUGGAGGUCUGGGAGCUGCAGCUGGUCCAUGCCACCCUGUUCCUCCUGGACUACCUGGUGGCCCUGAUGGGAAAUCUCCUCAUCAUCACCGUCACUGCCCUUGACCGGCACCUCCACACCCCCAUGUACUUCUUCCUCAGGAACCUGUCCGUCCUCCAUCUCAUCAUCAUCUCAGCCACCAUCCCCAAAUCCAUCAUCAACCUGUUGACUGACACGAAGUCCAUCUCUUCUGGUGGCUCUGGACGUUUUCCUCAUGCUUGUUUAGGACUCAAAGCCUGA